AUGUCCUCCAAACUAUCCGACGCCUUCUCCAACGCACCCCUCUCAACCCACGGGCCCAAGUGGUCCGCCUUCUGGGAAGAAAAGUUCACCCCCUGGGACCGCGGCGGCCCUUCCCUCGCCCUGCAGGACGUCCUCACCACCCGCCCAGACCUCGUCCCUCCCCCGCCGCCAGGCGCCCCAAGCAAGCCGACCGCCUUGGUCCCGGGCUGCGGCAAGGGCCACGACGCCCUGCUCCUCGCGAGCCUCGGCUACGACGUCCUCGGCCUCGACUUCUCCGCCACCGCCAUAUCCCAGGCGAUCGAGAACGAUAAGGCCGGGACUUCCGAUGCCAGCUCGGCCCGCCAACCGAACGGCGUCGGCCCCGGCACCGUGACUUGGCUGUCGGGCGAUUUCUUCUCGGACGCGUGGCUGGAGGAAUGGGGCCGCGAGAAGACGUUUGAUCUGGUCUUUGAUUACACUUUCCUCUGUGCCCUGCCCCCCUCGGCCCGUCCCCUCUGGGCAACCCGCAUGACCUCCCUCCUAUCACCCCACGGCCGCCUGGUCUGCCUCGAGUUCCCCUCCGGCAAGCCCCUCUCCGCUCCGGGCCCGCCAUGGGGCCUCACCCCGGAAAUCUACCUCGCCCUCCUCGCCCGCCCAGGCGAUGCUCUGGAGUUCUCCUCCUCCACGGAGAAAGGCGACCCGACAGACACCGUGAUCGUGCCCCCAUUCGACGCGGCAAACGGCCUCAGACGCCUCGAGCUCAUCAAACCGCCCCGGACGCACCAGGCAGGCAUGAACGAGGACGGCACAGUCCGCGACUGGAUCCACGUCUGGAGCCGCUGA